AUGUAAAACGAAAAAGUAGAACGAUUAAUGCGUUCUAAAGGCAGCCAAUAUAUACCUAAAAAUACUUAGACUUUAUCUCCGUAUGUAAGACAAGUUCCUCUAAUAAACAGUUAACCACAUAAUUAUUUACCUACUUAUUCGAUUUAAAGAAUCCAAACUUAAUCUACUCAUUCAGCUAUGUAUGAAUAAACAGAAUAAUAGAACUCCAUCAACAGAGAGAAAUAACUCUUAGUAUAUAGCCAAAAUGUAACCAUCUUAUUAGCAAUAAUCUGUGUCUCCUAUUAGAGUAAUUUAAUUAUCAACAGAAAGAACAUAAUAAGUAUAAGAAUAAAAUGAUAUACAACGAAAUGAAAAACCUUUAUAAGUAGUCUCUAUAUAAGAUAUGGAAAAUAGAUAUAAAUAAAAAUUAUUGUAAUUAGAAUAGUUGAUCAACAGAUUGUAGAUAGAGAACUAAAGAUUAAAAAUUAAUGAAUAAAAUCUUAAAUCUAUGGAUUAUAUGACUAAAAUUAAUGAAUUAGAACUUAUGGUUAAGAAUUUUGUAAUUUAAGAAGAUGGAUUAAAGAAUGAAAUUUAACGAUUAAAAUAAGAAUUAUUUGAAUAAAAAGAAAGUUUUACUUUAUUAUAAAAAUAAUUAUAGAAUAAGAAUGGUAAUAAUGAAGAAAUUAAAUAAUUGAAAAAAUAAAUACAAUAAUAUGAAAUAGAUAGUAAAGAAAUGUAAAAACAUUUAAGUAAUAAAGAUGCAGAUAUUAUAAAAUUAAGAAAUAUUUUAAAUGAAAAAGAAAAUUGGAUAGAUUAAUUAAAUGAUUAAAUCUAAGAAUUAUAAAUAGUCUAAGAAAACUAUUCAAGAGUUGAAACAACUGUAAUAUCUUUAUAAGGAGAAGUUGAUGUUUGGAGAAAGAAAUUUAAAGAAAAAAAUGAGGAGGCAUCAGAAUUAAGUGAAAAAUUAAUAAUGGCAGAAACAUCACUUGAAGCAUUAAAAAAGAGAUAAAUAACUUAAAUUAAAGAAGUUAAUAUUACAAAAAGUAAUAGUAAAACUAAUAAUAAUAUGAUAUAAUCAGUUGAUACAACAAAUAGAUUAAAUAGAGGAUCUUAAUAUUCUUAAAGAUAAUAACUAUGA